AUGGUGUCCCCUACUCUAGCGCGCAUGACUGCGCAGGUUCAUAUUACCGGAUAUCCCAUGCCAAAGAACCUAUCCGAAAGCAGACAGCUACUACACGCUCUCCAGAAAUUCGGAGAAGUAUUAACAUACCGCAACCUCAAGUACGACACGACCAAUACCUCGCCAAACCCCAACCGCCCCAUCGUCGCGAUUUUCGAAACAACCGACGCAGCAGACCGUGCGAUAGCGGCGUCACCCAUAACCAUUCCCCUACCGACAUCCACCUCUACCUCCACCUCUAAAUCUCACCCUUCACCCUCUAUUCCUCUCACGUCGACUACCAAUCAAACUCCUACACCCCGCUCACUGACCCUCGAAAUCCAACCCUCGCGUCACAACCACGCCUCCGCGCUCAAACGAAGCCCCUUCUACUCCACCUACAACCUCUUCAAAAAUAACCCCGUCUACGAAGAUCUAAUCAGCGACGAGACGGGUAUCCCACUCAAGGAACUCGCUGAUACCCUCUCGAGCAAGAAAUAUCCAAUCGGCGCUGGCGUCAAGUCUAAUAUCCAGGAGGAAAAUCGGCGCAUGGGCGCGACGAGUUUGGUGAAUAUGUGGAAGGAGGGGAUGGGCAUUGAUACUGAGAAUAAGAAUGAAGGACAGGAUUCUGGUGACAAUGGAUCUGUGAUUGAACAGGUCGGUACUGGUAUUAGGGAGCCUGGGGAGGGAUUGGAGGAUGAGAAGAAGAACUCGGUGGCCUGA